AGCUGUUUCAGGUGGAAUUUUACUGUCUCUGCUGAUUUCUAUGGGUGUUCUAUAUCGUAAGAAAUUUGAAGGCUCAGUGUCCUGGAAAUGGGGAUACAAGCACACUCCAAGCAUUGAAUCGUUCCUGCAAAAGCAUGAUGCUCAGCAACCAAAGAGAUAUACUUAUUCAGAAGUAAAAAGAAUGACCAAAUCCUUCAUCCACAAGCUAGGCGAAGGCGGCUUUGGAACCGUUUACAAGGGCAACCUGCCAAAUGGGCGUGAUAUAGCAGUGAAGCUUCUCAAGAACUCCAAGGAUGAUGGGCAGGAAUUCAUGAAUGAGGUAGCAAGCAUUAUGCAAACUUCUCAUGUUAAUGUUGUGACCUUGCUGGGGUAUUGUCUGCAAGGAUCAAAGAGAGCUCUUAUCUAUGAAUACAUGACAAAUGGUUCACUUGAAAGUUAUGGGAUGAUGGUCCCUGAGAUGGUUGGAGCAAGAAAGAAUGCCAACCAUACUUCAGAGGCCAGUAGCAAAUAUUUUCCACAAUGGAUUUAUGACCAUUUGGAGGAAUACUGUGUCACUGCUGGUGAGACCAGUGUUGACACUGAGUUGGUGAGAAAGCUUAUCAUAGUCGGAUUUUGGUGCAUACAACUGCAGCCGAACAACCGGCCUUCAAUGACUAGAGUAGUUGAAAUGUUAGAAAGCAGUACUGAUGAUCUGCGGAUUCCACCACAAAUUCUCUUGUGCUGA